CUCCCUCCAACCCUCUUAUCUCUCUUCUCUCCUGCCUGCCUCCCCUCCCAAUAAACAACAUCCACCAUGACUUCUGAGCGUGAAAACAAGACUUUCCUCGCCCGGCUGUGCGAGCAGGCUGAGCGCUACGAUGAGAUGGUUACCUACAUGAAGGAAGUCGCCAACGUCGGAGGCGAACUUACCGUCGACGAGCGCAACCUCCUCUCCGUUGCUUACAAGAAUGUGGUCGGCACCCGUCGUGCUUCCUGGAGAAUCAUCUCCUCUAUCGAGCAGAAGGAGGAGUCCAAGGGCUCUGAGGAGCACGUCGCAAUCAUCCGCGACUACCGCCAAAAGAUCGAGACCGAGCUGGAGAAGGUUUGCCAGGAUGUCCUGGACGUCCUGGAUGAGUCCCUCAUCCCUAAGGCUGAGACCGGAGAGUCCAAGGUUUUCUACUACAAGAUGAAGGGCGACUACCACCGCUACCUCGCCGAGUUUGCCUCAGGCAACAAGCGCAAGGUUGCCGCGACUGCCGCUCACGAAGCCUACAAGAACGCGACCGACGUUGCACAGACUGAUCUCACUCCCACCCACCCGAUUCGUCUGGGUCUGGCUCUGAACUUCUCCGUCUUCUACUACGAAAUUCUGAACUCCCCCGACCGUGCAUGCCAUCUCGCCAAGCAGGCUUUUGAUGACGCCAUUGCCGAGCUCGACUCUCUCUCCGAGGAGAGCUAUCGCGACAGCACCCUCAUCAUGCAGCUGCUGCGUGACAACCUUACCCUCUGGACCUCAUCCGACGGUAACGAGGUCGAGGCCUCUGCCCCCCAGGAGAAGGCCGAGGAGGAGGUCGCGCCCGCUGCCACAGAGGACAAGCCCGCCGAAGAGGCUCCUGCUCCUGCGCCCGAGUCUUAAAGAGGCCAAAAGGUCGUCUCUUCGUGUAGCAACAGCCCUGUUGUGUUUGGACGUUCGGGUUCUUCCUGGAAGUGAUGGUGCUGGCCCGUUGUUUUUAGCCGUGUGACCUCGUUGGACCGGCACAUCUCUUUCACGGGUACACUGGUUCGGGAUCAUCGUGGGGGGGUCCGCCGGCGGAGUUUGAUCUUUGGAGCGCGAAGAAAAGGGGCCGAGUGGAAUUUAUCUCUCUUUUAUUCUCUCUAUUCCCUCAACCCCCCAGCAGAUACAAUGUGCUUAUUGUUUUUUAUUUUCCUUUUUUU